AUGUUAAUGUGUGUCAGCUGUCGUCAUCAUGAUCCUUGACAGUUGACUGGACUGGUUUUUUCUUUUUGAUUUGAGUUCUGUACUGUUCGUUAAAGAAGUGGGAUACCACUGGUUUCGUGAUUAUCGAUAAAAAAAUUAGCAAAAAUGGGCAAGGUUUUUGUUAUAGGGGUUGGAAUGUCCAAGUUUGUAAAACCUGGAAAAGGUGGCGAUUAUCCCGAUUUUGCUAAAGAAGCCCUCCUCAACGCACUGAAGGAUGCCAAAGUGAAUUUUGCUGAUGUGGAACAAGCAUAUGCGGGCUACGUUUACGGCGAUUCAACAUGUGGUCAACGUGCCAUAUACGAAGUCGGAAUGACUGGUUUGCCUAUAUUUAAUGUCAACAAUAACUGCUCAACUGGAGCGACUGCGUUAUUGUUAGCUAAAGAGGCUGUGGAGUACGGAAAAGCUGAUUGUGUGCUUGCUUUAGGUUUUGAAAAAAUGGAACGAGGAAGUCUCUCUGCGAAAUACCUUGACAGAAGCAACCCAAUGGAAAAGCAUAUUGGCGUAAUGUCCGAAAUUGUGGGAUUAGAAGCCUCACCAAUGGCUGCACAAUUAUUUGGUAAUGCCGGCAUUGAGCAUAUGAAAAAGUAUGGAACACGCCUGGACCAUUUUGCGAAGAUUGCGCACAAAAAUCACAAACAUUCUGUCAAUAAUCCAUAUUCACAAUUUCGCGAUGAAUACACCUUAGAGGACAUUUUGAAAUCAACUCAAAUUCAUGGUCCGUUAACGAAACUACAAUGCUGUCCGACGAGUGACGGAGCAGCGGCUGCCAUUUUAGCUUCCGAACACUAUGUUCGAACUCAUGGUUUGGAAAAUCAGGCUGUUGAAAUUUUAGGCAUGGAAAUGUGUACAGAUUUUAAAACAACGUUUGACGGAACAUCAAUAAAUUUGGUUGGGUAUGAUAUGACCAGAACUGCUGCCCAACGAUUAUUCCAGAAGAGCAAUCGAAAACCUUCCGAUGUGCAAGUAGUUGAACUGCAUGAUUGUUUUUCGGCUAACGAGUUGAUCACAUAUGAGUCUCUAGGUUUAUGUGAGCCUGGCAAGGCUGGAGAAAUGAUUGACCGUGGUGAUAAUACUUAUGGGGGCAAAUAUGUAGUUAAUCCGAGCGGUGGUUUAAUAUCAAAGGGUCAUCCCCUGGGAGCGACUGGUAUCGCGCAAUGCGCCGAACUAUGCUGGCAACUUCGAGGUGAAGCAGGAAAACGGCAGGUGCCAGGUGCAAACUUGGCAUUGCAGCACAAUAUAGGUUUGGGAGGUGCUGUUGUUGUUGCGCUUUAUGCUUUGGGAUCUAAUAAUAAACGACAAAUUGGAUUGAGAAAAGUUGCAGCGGCAACCAGCGAAAUUGGUUUUCAAGUUACUCCAUAUUUCAAAAUCUUGGAACAAGUAAUGCUGUUGGAUGAGGAGAAUAUUGUUGACAAAUUUAGGGGUACUUAUGGAUUUAAGGUGAAGAAAAGUAAUGAGGAAGAAGGAUAUUGGCUUAUAAAUACAAAAACGGGAAAAGGCACUAUUGAAUUUAAUAAUACUUCGGUGAAACCCGAGGUUACAUUUAUAUUGAGGGAUGAAGAUGUUGUAGAAUUGCUCACUGGAAAAAUUAAUCCCCAAAAGGCGUUCUUUCAAGGAAAGAUUAAAUUGCAGGGCAAUAUGGGCCUCGCGUUAAAAUUAACAGAACUUCAGAAGAUUGCACUACAGAAACUGGAUGUAAUUCGUGCUAAGUUGUGAUUUUUAGGGAUUUUGGGAAACAUCUCUAUUUACUAUUUACUACUCAUUGUUUAUUUUUAUAAAAUGAACUGUUUUUUUGUUGGAGGAGAUUUGCGGCUACAUUUUUAUUCCUGUUUAUACUUGCUAGUUUUGUAAUGUUACAUCACAUUCUUUUGUAAUUGUUAAUAAAAUAAGGCACUUGUA